AUGCCUGCAUGUUCUCCUGACUUUCUGCGCGCCUCGUAUCUGUAUCUAUGUCAUGAUCAGUCAAAUGCCCAUGUCAUGUCCCAUGCAUAUGUCAACUCCACUGCUGCCACGGGCUGUCCAGGUGGAAAAUCGAGAAGCGCCACCAUGUACCUCAUACGAGGCGUUUCUGAACCCCCCCCCCCCUUGGCGCCUCGUGCAGCGCUGGACCGUCGUCCCUGUCACUGCCAGCAACAGACUACCGCGGGUGCUGAGUUGGCAAGCGCUCAGCCUCAAAGGACUGCAGCGUCACCGCAGCAAAGGCCCACCCAUCCACGAAAGACAGCAAGGAAGUGUCGCUUCUUUGGGACCAAGAAAGGAUGCCGCGCUGGUGAUGCUUGCCCUUACUUGCACGAGGUUUCCAGCCCCAACGUAGAAGCCGCUUCUGGCGCAACUUCGCAUCCAGAGCCUGACGGGAAUCCUCGUGAGGACACAUCCCAGUCUGAACAAGUAGCAACGGAGGAUUCCGGACGCCUGACGACAGAGAGUCGUUCCACUGGGCCAAACCGCCGCGUUAUUGCUCCCAAAGGCGUCCCGAAACCCAUCCCAAAGGCCCAGAAUGAUGCCCCCAGAGAAUAUCAAAUUGCCCAACUAAGGCGAAGAUUCCACCCGAAAGAGCAGAAUGAUGAAUCGGGUACAGUGCUGACAUUCGGAAUGGCCCCUACGGAUCCUGAUUUCCCCUUUGACAUGGAGGAGUUGCAGUGUGUCCUCUAUGUGCCUCGGGAUUACCCAGGACAAGGGAGACCUACACUUAGAGUCACAAAUCCUGAUAUGCCAAGAGGCUUCCAGAUCAAUGUCGAGAAGGGAUUCGACAAGCUGGUGGACUCUUCGCUAGAGAACAAUCGUCAAACGACCCUGCUUGGAUUGAUGAAUAGUCUUGAUAGGAACUUAGAACGCUUUCUGAUAGCAGAGAAGGCACCAACCAUCAAGUUUGUAGCUAACCUUGGCAGCAGAGAAGACGUGAAGAGUACAGAGAAAACUGCGGAACCAGCGGUCGCCCAGUCUGACUCGACAGGCGUCAGCGAUCCGCCUGCACCUGCUGCUCCUAGCGUGCAAUAUUCGCCUGAAGAGAAGUCUCAGGCCGAAAAGACCAGAAGGGAUGAGACGAGGCAGCUGGAGGCUCGCCUUGGUCGACUUUCUCUCUAUGAAAAAUCUCCCGAUGGACUCUCCUACGUAAUCCCCAUCACCCCCAGCAAGCCUGACCGACUUCCUGAAUCUCUGCGGGCUGUCAAGACCAUCAAGCUUGUUGUGCCUCCACUGUAUCCACUUGAAAAGAGUUCAAUUGAACUUCAACAGGUUGAAGGGGAUGCUGCCCGAGCGACGGAGGCAGGAUUCAAAAAAUGGGUGCACGAAAGCACUCGUGUAACGCUGAUGUCCCAAGUCAACUAUCUGGUGCACAACAUGCAUAUUUUGGCCAGCACCCCCAUAUCGGAUGAUCGAAGCUCCCGUGAAACCCCUUCCACUGUGGCAGAGACAAAGCCUGUUCCGCAGGAGCCGCAGACAGCAAGUGCAAAGGAGGAGAUUCAAGAGGAUCGGCCUCACAUCAAGGUCAUUCCCCGGCCGCCUGAAUGGUCUGCCCCAGAAGAUACGGAGUCGGAGAGUGACUUUACGACUUCCGACGAAGAAAAGUCCGAUGAAGAAGAGGCUUCAGAAGAUGAGGAAGAAGGGGGAGCACCCGUGCCUGAGCCUUCUGCUUCGACUCCUGCCUCGACUCCCGCCCGAGGGGUUUCACUGUCCUUUCCCGGUUUGGAGCUAUACGGCAUCGAGCUUCUGGAAGUCAAGAUGCUCUGUGUGACGUUGAAGUGUGAACGCUGCAAAGAAUUUACGGAUGUGAAGAAUAUCAAACCGACGAAUGAUCCUUCCGUUGCAGCGUCCGUCCGGGCGGAAUCAUGCAGAAAAUGCGCAAAUGUUUUCGGCAUCGGGUUUCGACGUGAAUUGAUGCACCCGACGUCCCAUCGAGCUGGAUAUCUGGAUCUCGAAGGAUGCACAGUUUUUGAUCUGCUGCCGAGCCACUUCGUCCCUACUUGCUCUGAGUGUUCGACUCCGUUCCCCGCACCAGGCAUUGUCGCUGUUCGAGGCGAGAGUGCCUUUGCGACAUGUCGCGAGUGUCAUCGCCGAAUGGUGACUGCUCCCCGUCCACCUCCACGGAAGAAGGUCAAGGAAAACUUGGGCAUUGUCGCAGGUCGGGAACUUCCUCACCGUGGGCGCUGUUCGCAUUACGGGAAAAGCUAUAGGUGGUUCAGCUGUUGCGCCAAAGUCUUUCCAUGUGAUAAAUGCCACGACGCAGCAACCGACCAUCCCAACGAACACGCCAAUCGCAUGAUCUGCUCCACUACAGCGGCUUCUGCUCCCGCGAACAAAUGUACCGCCCCGAAGACUGCAGCUUCUGCCGGAACGUGCUCGUCGGCAAGUCGGGCAGUGGCUUCUGGGAAGGCGGCAAAGGGACGAGGGACAAAGUUCGGAUGA